AUGCCAACCCAAAAAUUCUACUUUCCAACACCCAUCUCUUUCCUCCUCAUUGUUCUUUCUCCCUUUCUAUUUGUGACAGCUUCUGGCUAGGGAUCAGUAGGUCCAAUCGCCGCGGCUUUUGGAGGAAAUGGCUUUUUUUGUGCCAUCGAUGCUGGUGGGAAAGAAGAGAUUAUUUGUUGGGACAAAACCAACAAAACUUCUUCAAUACCCACAUUCAGUUUUAUUCCCUCCAUGGCUUCUCUCUCUGGUGGUGAAGGCUUUCUUUGUGGUAUUACUUCGAAUAAUUCAGAAGCAUUUUGUUGGGAUUCCUUGAAUUUUGGUAUAAAUCUUGUUCCUAAAGCUUUUAGAGAUAAUUCUUACUCGCAAAUAGCUGCAGGGAAAACUCAUGUUUGUGCUAUUAAAGGGUCUUAUUUUUCAAGUACUAAUUAUUUUGGUUAUGUAGAUUGUUGGGAAUUUCAUCAAACGUUUGAUAAAAGUAAUGUUACUAUGAGUUUUAUUAGUGAUCAUUAUGUUAACAAUGUUAAGAAUAUUGUUUCUGGCGAUGGUUUUAGUUGUGGGGUUGUUAAGGAAAAUGGGGUGGUUUUUUGUUGGGGGCCUAAAUCAGGCAACUUGGGAAUUUUCAAUGUGUCCGGUGAGUUUGAGGUUUUAGCUUCUGGAAAAAGUUCAGUUUGUGGUAUUUCUAGGAUAUCUGGUGAAGUUGAAUGUUGGGGUGAUUCAAGUGAGUUUGGGCUUCUGCCACGUGGGACCCAGUUUGUUAGUUUAUCAGCUGGUGGACAACAUUUUGGCGGCAUUCGUGAAGUUGAUCAUGGAAUCGAAUGCUGGGGAAAAAACAGUAAUGUUUCCUCAGUGCCACAGGGUUCUGGGUUUGUGGCUAUUGCUUCAUCAGAUUUUACGACUUGUGGGGUUCGAGAAGUUGACUUGGUUCUUGAUUGUUGGGGUGUGAAUGAGCAGUCUUCGCCUGAUUAUAGUCCACCUUUGCAGCUAUGUAGCCCUGGUGUAUGUUCUCCAAGGUCAUGUGCUAGUGGAAAGUUUGCAUUCAAUGCAAGUAUCCUUAAUGAGCCAGAGCUGACAAGUUUGUGUGCUCAGAAUGAGUUGAAGAUAUGCUUGCCUUGUGGGAGAAAUUGUUCCCAGGGCUACUUUCCUUCAAGCAUGUGUAGUGCCAAUGCAGAUAGAACAUGCACUCCUUGCUCACUUUACCAGAAUAGCUCUUGUUGGUAUGUCUGUAGAGUUCCUUCAUCAUCUAAGACUCGGCAACAGGAGCAACUAGAGAUAAAAAAGCUGGUGAUCAUCAUUGGAUCUUCUGUUUCUGGUUGCUUACUGAUUUUAGUUGCUAGUUGUGUUUUUCCACGAAUCAUCAAAAUCAAAGGUGAAGGAAAAGGUAUAAUUCCAUGCAGUUUUUGCAUAGGCAAACCAGUUGUGGAGGCUGAUCCUGAUCCAAAUCCGCUACCACCUCUAUCUGUAACUACAUAUGUUGGAGAGACCCAAGUGUACCGGCUUUCAGAACUGAAAGAUGCUGCUCAUGGAUUUAAAGAAUUCAGUAAGCUUGGCCGAGGGAGCUUCGGUUCUGUGUACAAAGCUGUUCUUCCUGAUGGUAGGCAAGUAGCAGUCAAGCGAGCUAAUGCUGCUACAAUAAUUCACACCAACAGCCGGGAAUUCGAAGCAGAGUUAGAAAUACUAUGCAAUGUAAAGCAUAGCAAUAUUGUGAACUUACUGGGUUAUUGUGCUGAAAUGGGGGAAAGACUACUGGUUUAUGAAUAUAUGCCUCGUGGCACACUUCAUGAGCAUCUUCAUGGGGACUUCUCACCUUUAGGUUGGGACCUGAGGUUGAAGAUUGCAUUGCAGGCUGCAAGAGGACUUGAUUACCUUCAUAAUGAAGUCACUCCACCCAUUGUUCACCGAGAUGUGAAGACUUCAAAUAUUCUUUUGGACUCUGAAUGGGUGGCAAGAAUAGCAGAUUUUAGGAUCUUAAGUUCUACAGACAAGGAUUUAAGUGGAGAUAUGGAGACUGAUGUUUACAAUUUUGAAAUUGUUCUGCUAGAGAUAUUAAGUGGAAGGAAAGCUUACGAUAGAGACUUCACACCUCCAGGAAUUGUUGAGUGGGCAUUGCCUCUAAUAAGGCAAGGAAAGGCAGCUGCCACUAUCGAUCGAAAUGUGCCUCUACCAAGAAAUGUAGAACCAUUGCUUAAACUUGCUGACUUGGCUGAGCUUUCAUUAAGGGAAAAUCCAAGCGAGCGACCUAGCAUGACUAACCUGGUAAGUUCAUUAGAUCAGAUUGUCAAGUGUGGAUUAAUCUUGUCAUGAAACUUUUAUCAAGAAUUCAAAUAAUUGCAGGGUAUCUCUCAAAAUCAAUAUUGUUUGUAUUUCAAUGAU